AUGAAGCUGCCGACAUUGUUCUCGGGCCUACUACUGGCAGGUCUUGCCAGCGCCGCAGAGCGCACCGCGGCUGUCUACAUCCAACCGGUGCUAUCGUCGGCGCCAGCACCCGUGCUCCUCGCCCAAGUCACGUACGACCCUUACCUGCCGUCGGAGGCCUCGAUAUCCAACUUUGAAUUCCCAGACUUCGAGGAGUCCGGGUUUGGAGAGGCUCGGAGUGUGCGCGUGGGCGUGUGGUCGCCCUCGACGCAGUCUUGGUCGGGGUCGGCGAGCGUCGCAUCGAUACAAAACUUUGGCAAGGGAUACAGCCCGCACGUCAUCCUGCACGUCAAUCAGGGCUCGGGCGACGUGGUGGGUGCGGCGCUCCGAGGUGUCCGCAUCGACGCCGGGCAGACGCGCGACUUUGGCCCCAAGGCCGUGGUCAACGUGGUCGGCAAGGGCGAGCAGGUUGCGCUCAAUGCUCCGGUGAAGCUGACCCCCGACGGCAAGAAGAGAGAGGAGGAGACUGAGAAGACGUUCCUGCAGAAAUACUGGUGGUUGAUUGGUAUCGUGGUACUCCUUUCCAUGACCGGCGGCGGAGAUGGAAAAUGA